CAUCCCCCUCUACGCCUUUGAUUCGUAUUUUAUCAGCAGCUGAACGAUACGAGAUCAAGUAUGCUCGCAGCAACCGCAAAGAAACUCAACGCGUCCUUCAAGAGGACCCAGCAAAAACCCUCCCGACCCACGAUCUCCCGCCCAAAACCCGUCAAAGCCCCUUCCCCUCCACCAGCAGCUUCCUCAGCUGACGAAGACGACGAGGAGAAAGAGGAGCUGGAGGAGUCAUACGAGGAGAUGAUGAGGAGACGAUUUACGGAGCAGUUUGGGGGUGAGAGUACGGCGUUACUCGAUUCAGCGGGCAAGACUGCGCGGAAGAGGAGGAGGCACGAGGGGGCUUCUCCUUCCCCGUCACCGUCAGCCUCCGGCUCGGAAGACGAGGAUGGGUUGGACAUCGUCCACGAGGGAGUGUCUGAUGAAGAUGAGGAGGAAGAUGAGGAAGAAGUCGCUCGUCCCUCCAAAGUGGUCGUCGUCGAUGCCUCGGCCGAUCGUGAAGGACGCGGCGUCACAAUCGACAAAUCCCAAAAGAAAGCUUUCAUGUCCUCCAAAGCACCCAAACUCGACGCUUCCAACACCACCUCCGCCAAGAACCUCCAAGACCUUUUGGAAGGUGACGGGGACGAGAAUGACGAGGAGGAUGAUCUGAAGAAUGAUGCAGCUCUACAAAAACUAUUGCGGGAAUCGAACUUGCUGAAGGAGGCGGGUGGAGACUCAUUGGAGCUCAGCGGGAAGGCACGCCUAAAAGCCCUACAAAGCCGCAUCACCGAACUCGGCGGCGCAGGCCCUAAAAAGGAACGCAUGUCAACCCAAAUCCUCCACGGUAUCAAAAACAAAGCCCGCAAGUCAAUCCUCGCACACCAAUCUCGUGCGCGCGAAGCGAAUAUUAUCAUCGCAAAGCCCACGGCCGAGCAGGAGGAGUUGACGAAUAAGGCGAGGAAGGGGUGGAAGGAGGAUGUGAGGAAUAGGAAUGCGCAUGGGCGGUUGAAAGAGAUUGGAGUGGGGAGAUUCAAGAAUGGUUCGUUGGUUGUGUCAAAGAGGGACAUUGAGAGGAUUAAUGGGGAUGGGGCGAAGCGUGGCGGGAGGGGUGGAAGGGGUGGGAGGGGAGGGAAGAGGAGAUAGAUGGGACGCAGUGAUCUAGUUAUGGGCGUUCGAUACAGCUAGACAGCUUUGUCUUAGGCGUGGUAUUUUAGCGAUGACAUUUGUUUGCACAGUCAGUAUGCGUCAUCAAUGGAGUAGAACCUGACAGUAAAACCUUCCGCUAUACCCGAAAAACUUAUCAUGAUCGGGUCCCAUUUCUCAUGCAUCAUUCAACACACCCUCCAUAACCCCAACCAAAACCUCUGCAUGCCUCCUC